UGUCAGCAACUCAAAAAGGUUCCAGUUAUUGCACUCUCUGUAUGAAAAAUAGUCUUCCUCUUUUUUAUCUAACAUCGUCCUCUUGGCAAUAAGUUGCUGACAGAGAAAUAUACUACCUGACAAAAAAGAAACCCAAAGCUUUUGGCUUUCACCGACUUAUGAGUUUCUCACUCUGAGCAUUGAGCACUACUAAGCAAGAAUCUCAAAGAAAGUCCAAGUCUUUCAGCCGAAACCGCAAAUGGGUUCGAUUCGUUUUCUCAUUUCUCUGUUUCUUGCGCUCGGGGUUUUUACCCCUCCACCGCGAGUUUGUGGAAAUGCAGAGCUCGGAGCACUGCUGCAGCUGAAGGCCUCUCUUGACCCAGAAGGCAAGUACUUGAGUUCAUGGACUGAACAUGGUGAUCCGUGUAGUGGAACAUUUGAAGGUGUGGCGUGUAAUGAGAAGAGCAAAGUGGCUAAUGUUUCUUUGCAGGGGAAGGGUCUUUCGGGUCGGCUUUCGCCGGCGGUGGCCGAGCUCCGGUGCUUGUCCGGUCUGUACUUGCAUUAUAAUAACUUGGCAGGGGAGAUUCCGAAGGAGAUUGGAGCUCUAACUGGGCUUACUGAUCUGUAUCUCAAUGUGAAUAAUCUCUCUGGGGGUAUACCCCAAGAGAUUGGGAAAAUGGCUAGUCUUCAAGUUUUACAGCUAUGUUGUAACCAGCUGAAUGGGAGCAUACCUACACAGAUGGGGUCCUUGAAGAGGUUAAGUGUUCUUGCUUUGCAGUAUAACAGAAUAUAUGGUCAGAUUCCUGCAAGCUUGGGGGACUUAGGGUUGCUCAAAAGGCUUGAUCUGGGCUUCAAUAAUUUCUCUGGUACAAUUCCUGCAAAGCUAGCUAGUAUACCAUCUUUGGAACUCUUAGAUAUCCGAAAUAAUUCUCUUUCUGGAGUGGUCUCUCCUGCUUUCAAGAGAUUAAAUGAAGGAUUUGAGUCUGCAAACAACCCAGAACUAUGCGGAGUUGGAUUUUCUACACUGAGAAAUUGCACAUCUUUUGACACGGACAGAGUGGAUGUCGAUGGACUACCAGUUGGACCAAACUUAAAUGGAACAGUGGGUACUGCUCCUCCAAAAGCCAACCCUGAGUCGGUAGAUGUCAACACCCAUUGCAACCAAAACAAUUGCAAAAAGUCGACCAGAUUUCCGCAAGCUGCUGUAAUUGCAGGAGUUAUUGCACUCAUUGUCACAUUGGCUGGGGGUGUAUUUCUGGCUCUUGUGCGGAACAGACGAAAGAAACAAAAGAUUGGGAAUACUAGUGAUCCUUCUGAUGGCCAGCUUAGCACUGAUCAGGCCAAGGAGUUCUACAGGAGAAGUCCCUCUCCACUAGUGAGUCUUGAGUACUCUAAUGCAUGGGAUCCCUUGGCCGAUGGGCAAAAUGGCCUUGGUUUCUCUUUCUCCCAGGAGUAUCUCAAAAGCUAUUGGUUCAACAUGGAAGAUGUGGAGUCUGCAACACAGUACUUCUCCGAGGUGAACUUGUUAGGGAAGAGCAAAUUCUCUUCUGUCUACAAAGGAGUUCUGAGAGAUGGUUCUCUUGUAGCUGUUAAGAGCAUUAAUGUGACCAGCUGCAAGUCUGAGGAAGCUGAAUUUGUGAAGGGACUGCACUUAGUAUUUUCGCUAACUCAUGAAAACCUUGUCAAGUUGAAAGGUUUCUGCUGCUCUAGGGGCAGAGGUGAAUGCUUCCUUAUCUAUGAUUUUGCUCCUAAUGGAAACCUCUCUCAAUAUCUCGAUGUAAUCGAUGGAAAGAACCAAGUCCUUGACUGGUCCAAGAGAGUUUCUAUCUUAAAGGGCAUUGCAAAAGGUAUUGGAUACUUGCACGGCAGUGAAGAAAACAAACCGGCCAUGAUUCAUCAAAACAUCUCUGUUGAAAAGGUUCUCCUUGAUCAGCAAUUUAAGCCAUUGAUUUCAGACUCUGGCCUUCCUAAGCUGCUAGCUGAUGACAUUGUCUUCUCCACUCUGAAGACAAGUGCUGCAAUGGGAUACCUAGCUCCUGAAUAUAUCACCACUGGUCGUUUCACUGAGAAAAGUGAUGUAUAUGCAUUUGGAGUCAUUGUCCUCCAAGUUAUAUCAGGCAAUCUACAACUCAACACUUCAAUGCGACUGGCUGCAGAAUCAUGCAGAUAUGAAGAAUUUGUUGACACCAAUCUAAAAGGGCAAUUCUCAGAACCUGAAGCAGCUGCACUGGGAAAACUCGGACUAGUGUGCACUCAUGAGCAUCCUGACCAAAGGCCAACAAUGAAGACAGUGAUCCAGGAGCUGAGCAACCUUACAGCGAGUUAGUGAUAUCCUACUUGUAUUAUCCACACAAUGCAGGUAUUGACCACCAAACUUCGGCCUCAAUAGUGUCACCAUCAGUGGAGAAUAGAGCUCAGUAAGCAGGUUGAACAAUAUACAGGCUUCAUCGAAACCAGAGGCGGUGGAAAGCAGAUAUUGGGAAACAGAACUUCCUUGAAGUCACUGUAAUAUGUUCAAAGCAUAGAAAAGAAGUUGGCUGCUAGUUACUCGUGUAAAACGCCUAUAACAUGGUUUCUCAUUCAUUUUAGGAUGGUGCUGAUUGCCUAAUAUGUAUGCAUCACUGUGCUUAAAUAAUUACUAAUAAAAUCGUGAUCUUGCUAGCUA